AUGGAAGAGAUUGAAAAAUUAAAGCGGUCAUUAUUAAUUCUAAAUGCAAGUGUCACAGGCUUCCCAGUUGCCGCAGUAACACUUGAUGAUUAUAAACCAAUUAAUGAGAAAAUAAAAGAAUUACGUGACUCAUUAAAUUGUUUAACUGCUAGGAUAAAAACAUUAAAAAUUAAAUUAAAUCUGGGUUCAAUAGAAAGUCCAACGGAUGAUGAAGCUCCAAGACUUGUUAAAAAUUUAAAUAAUAAUUUAACAAAUUGUGUAAUUAAUGAUAAUGCCGUGAUAGCUUGUCAUCAAUCUUAUGCUGUUCAACAAGCAUUGUUUAAUAAAAAUGUUGAUCCAGCUACUCAUAAUCGAGUAAAAUUACUCAUGGCAAAUUUAUACACUCUAAAUGAUUCCAUACUGAAGUACAAAAAAGAAUUGUCUAUUACUUUACGUGAGCAGGAAUUGAGUUUGAGAGAUGAGAUGUACCAAUUGUUGAUGGACUAUCAUGAAUUUUUAAAAGUUCAGGAAGCAAUAAGAAGCGAAAAAUUAGCUGAAUCAAAUCCCGAAGUAGCUCAAAAAAAAGCAAGAGCACUAAAAUUAAUAACAAAAAUUAAUAUGAUGAAAAGGCUUAUAACUAAUUUCAUAAGUGUAGCUUCUCAUUUGGUACGAGAAAACCCAGAUCUUAAAGUUAUUUUGAAGAGGCACAGAAAUUUAAUUGAUUUAGAUUCAAUAAUCGACGCGAAACAUCAAGCACACGUCGAAGAACCGGAAGAUUAA